AUGGAUGUUUCAGAGGCCAAGGCAGCGCUGUUUAGCUCUGAUCCGCAGAUAGUGUUCUCCAGUCAUGCGGUGAAGCGGUACGAGAACUCGCAACAAGAAAUAGAAGAUGACCGCAAGAGCGGUCACAAGCGCCACAUCAUAUCCGUGGGUGACCACCUAAAAAUCAACUACGAGGUGGUGAAGAAUGUACCAGGGAAUCUAAUUGAGCUUGCGACGACGAAGGGCAAGAAAACCCCUGAGCAGGAGGAGAUUGCGAGGAUAGCGAAGUUCAAGUCGCUGUACUACAAGGAACAGCUUAACAAACUACACGACGACUUUGUUACUAAGAGCUCUAUUCUGCGUGCAGAAGACAACGAAAUGCAUGCGCGUGCUGCGGCGGCCGAUGCGAAAGAGCAGCCGUCCUUGCAGCAGCAGUACGAGUGGCUGCAGGAGAUCCAGUCUAAGCUGCUGCAGCAGUAUAACGAGGUUGUCCAGGAAGAAAAGCGGUGGUAUUUGAAGAAGGAAGUGUUGCUAGAUGCGAACAUCCGUCUUGACUUAUUCAGCACCCGUGACCACCUCACUGGCACCGUAAAUAUGGGGAAGGAUACCUCGCAUAAAUCGUGCAUAUUCUGA